AUAUUUUACCAUAGUGUUCUCUGUUAUUCCGUCAGUUUUGAAUAGGUUAUCGCUCAAGUAAUACAAACUUACAGUUUUUGAAUAUUACAUAAUUUAAAUUUAAAUAAUCAUGGCGACAUUAAAUUUUGUUCCAAUAUUCGUGUUACUUAUAAGUUUCUGUCGUGGAUCGCUGGGAAGAUUUGCACCGGAUUAUAUUCACAACUGCCCGAACAUGACAUCUGAAUGCCUCAAGAAAACAAUACAAGAGACCAUACCAUACUUCAUCCAAGGUAUUCCAGAAUUCGGCAUCUCGCCACUUGAUCCACUUGUAAAAGACCACAUCGCUAUUGAUCUUCCUGGACUUAAAGUGGAGUUGUUUAAUGGAAGAAUUACUGGCAUAAGGAAGUGUAUUGUGGAUAAUGUCAAGUAUGAAAACAAACACGCUGAUAUUAACUUACACUGUCGUUUGGUAGUUAAAGGCACAUACAGAGCUCAUGGCAAUAUAUUAAUCAUGCAAAUUGAUGGAGAAGGGGAUGCGAAGCUGAAAGUUUCGAACGUAACAUUGAGUGCAAAAAUAAAUUUCGAAGAUGUUGUGCGUGAUGGAACAGUGUACCAUGAAAUACAGGAUAUAUCCAUCCAGCACAAAUUCGUCGACAGAGUAGUGUUCGAUCUCGCGAACUUGUUUAAAGGAAGCCCAGAAAUAAGUGAAAUAGUAUUACAAUUCCUGAACGAUAAUUGGAAGCUUGUCGUCGACGAAUUCGGAGAUCCGAUAGUGAAGACUGUUGUAGACUUCGUUGUAGAUAACAUAAGGAAGUUCUUUAGUUCGAUCCCCAAAGAUGAAAUUAUUGUAUUCACAAAAUAAAUAUUUACAUUCGAAUCCAGUGAUAACUGCAGCUAGUAUGAUGGUUAGUUCGGAGCCAGCUAUCCGGAGUAGAUUUUUUGACUGACUAUAUUUUUUAUUGAAAUUAUUAUUUCCUUUUUAUUAUUUUGUUUAAUAUUCAUUUUUUUUUAUUUUAAAUAAGUUGUCAUUUCAAACUGUUAUGAUCCAAUGGUUUAGUAUAAUGAAUAAAUGACACAAACGCAUAAAUGUAUAUACCUAGACAAAAAAAAUAUAAUAUGACAAUUUAGUCGCGUAAUUUUGAUAUCUGGUAAAUUAGUUGCUUAAAAUAAAAUCUUACGAUAUUUCUAGCCAAGUACUUGAAAAUAAAAAUAUAUGUUUAUCGACGUACCUGUAAGAAUGAGUAAGGGAAUGUAAAUUUACCCCAUACAAUAUCCUUGAUAAGACCUGGUAUUUAUAAAAAUUAUGCAUGGAAUUAACAAAAACAUUGCACCACGAUUCUUUUAAAAUGUACCUAUAACUGUUAAACGUUUAAAGUUAGUUUAAAUUAUGAUUAAGAUAAACUAUUAUCACCAUGAAAAAUAUGAAUAUCAACAUAUUUGUAAGUGUAUUUAUGUUAAUAAAUAUUUUUGAUAACAAAGA